UGCGACAAGUUAGUUCGUUGCAUAUCGAUCAUGUGAUUUUUCCGAGUGGCGAGAGCACUGGCGACUGAUAUGGACUGAAACAGGAAAGUUUUAUUUCGGAGGCCUUGGAAAAAGUUUGGUGACGAUCCUUGCUGCUUGUAUGAUCAGUUCACUUUGCCCUUCUUUUGUUUGACUUCAAACGAUCAAAUCUGGUAAAAUGAACCUGUAGUAGUGUUUCAUUUUUCGUUGUGUAUUAUCUGGAAGUGUUGAAUUCGCGGUACCGACUGCAAUCAUGGUGAUGUUCGAGGUGCGAGGCGUGCAAGUGGACUUCCCAUUUGAGCCCUAUCCUUGCCAGAAAGUGUACAUGGAGAAGGUGAUCACAUGUCUGCAAGAGCGUCGCCAUGGUCUGCUGGAAAGUCCAACGGGUACGGGAAAAACCCUGUGCCUGCUUUGUGCUACGCUUGCCUGGCGAAAUCAUACUCUGGUGGAGCGCAGUGCCAUGCUGCAAUCCAGCGCUGCUACCGCAAAUUCUGCAAAACCAGAGCAAAGCGGCUUCUAUGGUUCGGCACCAAGCAAUUCAUGGACCAAAGGAGAAAAUGUUGAAGCGGUCGCACCAAGAAUUAUCUAUGCGUCGCGUACUCAUUCACAGCUGUCUCAAGUCAUCGGUGAACUGAAGUCGACCGUUUAUCAACCCAAAGUUUGCAUUUUGGGAUCCCGAGACCAGCUUUGCGUCAAUCCAACCGUCCUUCGUGCUGAAACCUUGACGGAAAAGGUGCAUAUGUGCCGAGCUAAAGUGUCCUCCCGAUCCUGCUCUUACUACAAUGCUGUGGAAGACAAGAAGAAAGACCCUACAUUGACGGAGACAAUAAUGGAUAUCGAGGACUUGGUGACGUUAGGUUCACAACAACGAGUGUGUCCGUACUAUCUGGCACGUGAAUUACGAUCUACCGCUGACAUCAUAUUCAUGCCAUACAACUAUAUCCUUGAUGCUAAGACUCGCCAUGCAUUCGGUGUUGAUUUGAAUAACACCAUUGUCAUCUUGGACGAAGCUCACAAUGUGGAGAGGAUGUGCGAGGAGUCUUCGUCGUUUGAUUUGACUUCAACGGACGUGGCGGCGUCCAUAAGCAACGUUACACGUUGUGUCGAGUAUGUUUCUACCAUGAAAGAAGGCAUGCCCAUGGAUGUUGGCUUGCUGCCUAGUAAUGACGAGCCUGGAGACGAUGACGAGAAAGACUACAUUGCUCUCAAGCAUAUCCUCAUUAACGUCGAGACUGAGCUUGACAAGCUGGACGUUCCUCCUGAUGGUGUGACGAAGAAAGGCGGUUUCAUUUUCGACUUCUUCGAAGCAUGUGGCAUCACGUCGAUAACCAAAGGUGCCAUCCUGGAGACUUGUGACAAAGCGCUGUCCGUGCUGACGACACAGGCAACUUUUAUGGGCAAAAAUUUUGCUCUUCAAAAAUUCGUCGACGCAAUCAGGACUGUAUUUGGUACGGCGGCAGAAGACACGUUAGUGGGCCACACGCAGUCAAACACCAUUCGUGAUCUCUCUCACUUCUACAAGGUUCACAUUGCCAAUGAUAAGAAGGCUCCGAAAGCCAAGACUGGUCUGUGGUCUUCUGGCAAUGCAUCUCGACAAGGUCGUGUGCUCAGCUACUGGUGCUUCAGUCCCGGCCGUGCUAUGUGUGAGAUGGUACGUCACGGUAUCCACAGCCUCAUCAUGACCAGCGGUACUUUGUCACCGCUCGAAUCGUUCUCAUCCGAAAUGCACGUGCAGUUUGAUGUUCAGCUUCAGAACCCUCAUGUGAUUGACGGUGGUCAGAUCUUUGUCGGCGUGCUCUCCACUGGCCCCGGUGGCAAGUGCCUGCGUUCGUCUUUUGACCGAAGAUCAGUGCCGGAAUAUAAAACUGAUCUUGGUAAUGCUUUGGUCAACAUUGCUCGUGUUGUGCCCAAUGGUAUGCUGGUCUUCUUCCCGUCCUAUCCUGUCAUGGCGGAAUGCAUAGAACAUUGGAAGGAGAACUACAACAUUUGGGAGCGCAUCAAUAAACUGAAGCCGGCGUUCACGGAGCCCAAGAACAAAGCCGAUUUUAAUAUGACUAUGGAUGGCUUUUAUUCCAAGAUUCAUGAUGUGGAAUAUCAUGCAGCUGCCUUCUUUGCUGUCUGCCGUGGAAAGGUCAGCGAAGGUCUGGACUUUGCUGACUACAAUGGCCGUGCUGUUGUUAUAACAGGGCUUCCGUUUCCACCUCGUUUUGAUCCUAGAGUCAAGUUGAAGAUGGAGUACAUGGAGGAGUGCUGUCGAAAGCACAAGCGAGGAGAACCAGAUCCGAUCAGUGGUGAAAAAUGGUAUCGGCAACAGGCAUCGCGAGCAGUAAACCAGGCCAUUGGUCGAGUCAUUCGACACCGCAAGGACUUUGGGGCCAUUCUUCUCUGUGAUGAACGGUUUGCCAAAGCUGAUGUACAGGGCCAGCUUCCCAGAUGGGUUCGACCACACACUCGCAUGUUCAAUGUCUUCAGCCAUCUUGCCCGAGAACUUCCCAAGUUCUUUUCAGGAGCAGAGCGACUUGUUGGUGCACCUCCACUACCCUCCGGUCCCGGCAAGCACCAGCGGCAGUCUGCCGCUGCUUCUGAGGUGACAGCGAAAUCGAUUCUGGCACGCCCGCUGGCCGGUAACAAGACUCGCGUUCCUCUGAUGGCGUCCAACCAGAAAGAAUACUUUGUCGACAGCCUAGCUACGGCAGAGAAGCGCCGUCACGUGCAGAUCGAGUAUGAUCGGUUUGAUGAAAAGCAGACUAGUGGUGGAGCGUGUUCAACGUUGCCGGCAGCUGCUUGUGGCAACAGUGCGCUGGCAUCACUGUCAACCGCUCCACAGCCGACCUUGACUGCGGCGGACAGUGCAAUUGGCAGUGGGAAGAAUCCUAUCAAUGUCUAUGAGGCUGGUGCUAAGAUGAAGAAAAUUCCAUCCAUUUCGGAGCGGUUUCUUUCACAAGGCGGCACGGAGAAAAAAUCCCGGCCGACAAUCAGGGUUGUUCCAAGUAGGCGCGUAACAACAGCUCAGUCGGAUGAGAUUCCAUCCACAUCCAGCGCAACAACAGCGUCUGUUUUGAGCACAUCCUCGGCAAAUGAUACAGAACGCCAUGGCCCGCCAGCAGCAGCAGCACCGUCGGCAGCAGCAGCAGCAGCAGCCAGACCGGACAGCUCCUCGGAGCCUGAUGGUGCUGCCAGAAAGCAGAAGCUUGCACAUUCCUACCUUGGCCGGGUGCGUGAAGCUCUAAAGCACGACGCCAAGGCGUACCCAGCUCUCUUGUCUAGCCUCCAGCGUUAUAAAAAGGAGAAGGACUUGGAUGCGCUGUGGAAAGUCAUUUCCGCUACAUUCUCUUCACCCAGCCAGUAUGAUUUGCUGACAGAGUUCACCACGUUCUUGCGGGCCGAACACACAGACGAGUACAAGCAGCGCUGUGAAGACUUUCACAACGGCAGCCGGCGCAGCGUGGUGGCAUCGGGAAGAGCUGGUGCUGGGGCAGGCCUCUCUUCUAGCAGCAAGUCCAGCACAACGCACAGCACUAGCGAGAAGAACUGUAAAGGUGGUGAUCCAGCGAGCAAGUCGAGUAGUGCUGCUACAGCCACUGCUGCUGCUUCUCAUGGCUCUGUGAUCACAGCUGCUGGUCCAGGCUCUGCUACACUCACGUACGAACUAGACAGCAACGGAGCUCAAGUCGGUGUUAUUCAACUUCCUGAUAAUGAGUUGUUCCGCAAGCUCCCGAAACAAUCACAUCUCCCAUCAGGGCGGGUUUGUGUCAAGUGUAAAAAGAAACCGAAUUUGUUCGAGGCGCCGUGUACACACGUAUGCUGCAUAGCAUGCUGGAAGGCCCAGUUUAAGGUGGAGCGCAAAUGUCCCGAGUGCGAUCAGCCAGUGCGCUCCAAGAACCUGAAAAAAGUCUACUUCCUGUGAGUCACUUCCAGCAUGCCGCGUUCCGUAUAAAUACCACUGCCUCGGCAUCUACCAGUAUUGACGUACAUACUUGGUAUGCACAUAUUUUCUACUUCCAUUCAGAAUGAUUCUGUGCCUUUGAACAUGAAAAAAAAACACCUACAUGUAAUUAUUUUACCCCCCCCCCCCCCCCCCCCAUUUUACAAAGCAUGCUGAGACGGGAUAACUCCAUUAGUGUUUCAUGAUUCACUACCUACAUUUCUUGAAAAUUGCUUUUGAGUAUUUUUGGUUUAUUCUCUCACCUGCGAGAUGCUCCUCGCACUGUGAAUCAGUAUCAGUAUCGGUGUUACAAAGAUCAUCAGUAGGUAGUGUGCGAAGCCGGUUUGGGAGUAGGCGCGAGGUCGGUAAAGAUCAACAAUCACGAAAUCAUGUGACAUUUGAACCCCGCGGCGUCACACCUGCUCAACGGACCCCACCUGCAAUGCUACCUAUACCCUACUGGUCUUCAACAGGCAGUCUGACAUGUUCAGUGUGGAAUAUUUGAUAAGCUACUCUGUUCCUCCUGCACCCCCCCCCCCCCUUUUACUCCUAGAUCUAGGUCCUUAUCUUACUUUUUAGUUUGGUCUUUUUGUGCAAACAUUCCUACUAUUUCCUAGCCAAACACUUGCCUUACAGUAUUCGAAAUGCAGGAGUUAAGCAAGUGUGCAUGCUGCUGGUACAUGCAGUUUGCAAAUAUUCCUAGCCAAACAUUCACCUUGCAGUUGAGUACUUCAAGUAAGUUAUUAGCAGUUCAAGGGUUUUAUAGAUGACCGUGGACCCUGCUAUAUCGUA